AUGUCCGACGUUCGGGAUUUGCACAUUAUCGUUGUAGGGUGUGGCAUGGGAGGGCUGGGCUGUGCGCUGUCACUGGCCAAGAACGGUUUCAAGAACGUCCACGUCUACGAGAACGCCCCGGGCCUGGGGUUCGUCGGUGCUGGGAUCCAGAUGGCCCCUAACAUGGCCCGGAUCCUGGACCGGCUCGGCUGCUGGGACGCAAUCGAGAAGGAGGCGACCAAUGUCAAGGAGACGAGCAUCAGGCAGGGAAGCACAAACGAGGAGCUCGCACACGUCCAGAUGCCCGACAUCCGGGCCAAGUACGGCUACCCCCACUGCACCGGCCACCGGGCGUCGCUCGCCGGCGAGAUGUACAACGGCUGCAAGAACGAGCCGGGCAUCAGGUUCCACUUUGGCACGACCCUCGUCAGCGUCGACAGCUUCUCGCCCAAGGCCAAGGUGACGAUGAAGCCGCUGAACGGGCCCGACUUUGCGGUCGAGGCCGACGUCGUCAUCGGCGGCGACGGCAUCAAGUCCAUCACCCGCGACAGCAUGCUGAGCAGGCUGGGCCUCAAGGCGGAGGAGUUCGAGACGGGCCAGGCCGCGUACCGCAUCAUGCUCACGCGCGAGCAGAUGUCGACGGACCCGGAGCUGCUCGCGCUCCUGGACAGCGACCUGGUGGUGCGCUGGAUCGGCGAGCAGCGGCACAUCAUCGCCUACCCGGUCGCCAACAAGACCAUCUACAACCUGUCGUCGGCGCAGCCCGACACCAAGUUCGCCGCCGCCCCGACGGCGACCUGGACCACCUUCGGCUCCAAGGAGGCCAUGCUCGAGGUCUACGGCGACUUCUGCCCGCUCGUGCACAAGAUGCUCGGCAUGGUGCCCGAGGGCGAGGUCUGCGAGUGGCGCCUGCGCCAGCACAAGCCGCUGCCGACCUGGGUGCACGGCGGCGUCGCCCUGCUCGGCGACGCCUGCCACCCGACCCUGCCGCACCUGAGCCAGGGCGCCGCCAUGGCCAUCGAGGACGGCGCCGUCAUCGCCGAGGUGCUGGGCCGCGCCCGCAGCGCCGACCCGGCCGAGGUCCACCGCUGCCUCAAGGUCUACGAGCUGCUGCGCAAGGAGCGCACCUCGGAGCUCGUCGACCUCGCCUACCAGUCCGGCCGCGCGCUGCACCUCGGCGAGGGCAAGGCCAAGGAGGAGCGCGACAAGCAGUUUGCCGCCUUCAAGGAGAACAAGGCGUCCAUCCCGGACAAGUGGGCGUCCCCGGACGUGCAGAACAUGAUCUACUCGCACGACUGCGUCGCGCACGCGCGCCAGAACUUUGACGACCUGUACAAGUCGAUAGCAGCCAAAUUGUAA